AUGCGGGAACGGGAUCCGGAGCUGUGGGAGGAUAUGGUUGGACGCUACGCCUCCGCAGAGCAACGUCGUGCCUUGCUGGGCCAUCAGUAUGACUCCUUCAGUGGGAUGCUGCUUAGCCAAAUACUGGACUCGGAAAUGCCUAGGCCAGCAGUCUUUGAGACGGACGAGGACUCCUCCGCUUCCUCCGCAACCGUUGACAGUAGGCGUGCGGUAUCCAGACCCAAGUCCCGACGAAUGAAGCGAGAGGAAGAACGACAACGCUCCGAAACGGAAUUUUCCGAAAUUAUGCAUUCCCGGUUUCUCUCUGGGCUGGAUAAAGACUUUGACUAUGCGUACGUUGACUAUUUUCUCUUAGCCGCACUCUGUGGCCUUACGAAAGCUGUCGUCGUUUUCUCUGCCUCUGUCGUCCUUAACAUCGUUCCAGUCGAUUGA